AUGUCACUUAUCCAAGCACAGCAGCAGCUGGUUGAAGAGAAGCAGCGUACCGCCGAAGCCGCCGAGGUAUUUGGGAAGGCACUUGACAAGGCCGACGCCGAGACCGCAACACUGCAGCGGCGCGUGCAACAGCUAGAGGACGAAUUAAAGCAGUCUUUAGAUGUUGGCAACGCAAGUAACCCAUCAGCACCCUCUGCACGACCCAAGAAGAAGAAAUCAGCAAAGAAGGAUCUCUCCGUUAUGGCGCAUCUGGGUAACCUGCAGGAGACGGAUGUCCUCACCGUUGCCGCGGUGGCCACCGGCGGCGGUGGCGAGGCGGAGCAGCAACGCUCGGCGCUGGCGAAGGCCGAGCGGGAACUUCAGGUGCUGCACCAGGAGAAUGUCCAGCUGAAGGAGCGGAUCGCAGCUCUCACAGAGGAGCUGCACAACGCCCACGACGACCUUGAGCUUGCCACGAGCGACGUGGAUAAGCAGACGGUGGGGCUGCGCGAGCAAAUCCGCUUCCUCGAGUUGCAGCUGAAGAACAGCCCGUCCGGGGCACAGGCGGCGGAGGCGCGGCUGCGGUCACUCGGCGAGGAGAACAGGCGGCUGCAGGCGGAACUCGAGUCGCUCGCGCAUUCGCUUCAGACGCCAACGGAAGCCACUAACGUGGCGGUGCAGCGGCUCAAGGAGGAGCUGCGGGCGCUCGCGAAGGAGCUUGUGCCGACAAAAAACAAACUCGUCGAGUACAUGGCGAUGGCUGACCGCCUGGGCAUCCAGUACCCGUUUUCGGCGGACAUGGAGGGGACCGCGGUGGUGCGGCUCAAGGCGAUGCACUUCGACACCAGGACGGGGCGCGUGAGGGCGUCUUCGGCACCGCGGCAGCUGUACGCAUCGGAUGGCCGCCACGGCCCGCCUGCUGCGAAGAAGACGACGACGACGCCCGGCGAGAAGAAGAAGAGGCGGAAGCGGCGUGAGGGUCAGUUUGAGGAUGGGGAUGACUUGCGGUAG